CAAAAACAUAAAAAGAAACCAUUAAAUUAUGUAUCUACAAUAUCUAAUAAUCAUAAUAUCCUUAAUGGCAAUUUAGAAUUGGGUAAAAGAGGGAUAUUACAUUCAAUUAGAUUUGGAGGCAAGUGGUUGGAUUUUAUAGCAAUGGUUAACUAG